AUUGUUUCCCAGCUCUAGCACAAAUAAAAGGCUGCCCAGCGCAACAAUAAUAAAAAUAAAGAACACCCGACUCGAUAACUAAGCAUACAUAAUAUACACAGAUUCAAGUACAAGUCAACGCACACGAGAACAGCACAACAGCAGACAGAAGCAGGCAUACAAGGCGGCUGUGCGCGGCGGAGCGGAGAUCCUUUUUACUGGAGUGCAAGUGCUCGCAAAAGCCGAUCCGUGACAAUGGGCGCCUGUGUGUGUCGUAUGAACCCCGACAACGAGACGAUGAGCGUCUCAUCUGCGAGCAUCUCGCGUCCGGCCAGUGCAGGCAUUGCCUUGGGCGCGGCGCGCAAAAAUCGCCCGCUUUGCCAUGAGACCAUACGAUGGCGCUCUGACGUCCCUCUAACCGAGGGGCAGUUACGCUCAAAGAGGGACGAGUUCUGGGACACGGCGCCGGCUUUCGACGGUCGCAAGGAGAUCUGGGACGCAUUGCGGGCUGCUACCAACGCGGCCGAGGCCCUGGACUUUCAAAUGGCCCAGGCAAUCCUGGACGGAGCCAAUGUCUCGGUGCCUAAUGGCUACCUCACAGAGUGUUACGAUGAGCUGGGCACCCAAUACAAAGUGCCCAUUUACUGUCUGUCAUAUCCCAUUAAUAUCGUGAAGGAGGAGAAUGGACGCGAUUCUCCGGCCGAAUACUCAGAGCCAGUGGAUGGCGGAACCGAGAUCUUUUUAAAGCUGCGCAUAUCAUCAAAUAUGACUGAUGUUAAACUGCCUGUGUAUUCCAAGGAUACAGUCGGACAGUGCAAAAAGAAAUUACAGGCCGCGGAAGGAGUCGACGCCUGCUGCCAACGCUGGUUCUACAGCGGCAAACUGUUGGGCGACAAGGUGCCCAUCGACGAGUGCAGCAUACACCAGGGCUAUGUGGUGCAAGUGAUCAUCAACACCGAGCACUAUAAUCACGACAACAGCACGAGUACGGCGCACUCGCUCGCAAGCUAGCGAUGCAAGCGACUCCAACUAGUCAACAGCAGGAAGUCACGGCAGCAGAAGCAGAAGCAACAGAAACACCGACAGCAACAACAACAAAUAACGGCCAAAGUGAGCAGUAACAGGAAUGUCAUAUACUCAGUCCAUAGCACAAGCGACCCCAAGUGGAAUGUACAGCACAAACGGGAGCAAAAUAGUCAACAUCAACAGCAACAACUCACUCAUUGCAUUUAUCAAAAUCGGCAACAAUUGCAAAUUAUUGCCCUGUCUGCCUUGAUGUUGUUGGUUUUGCUGUUGUCUUGGCUGCUCGCCUUGUUAUGCUUUGUGUAAUAUAUAAAAAAAAAAAUUAAACAAAAGAUCGCAACAAAGUCGCUAAAAAGGGAUAAAGGAAUGGGAAAUGAUUAUAGGAUGCAUAAAUAAUAAUCUUACAUAUAUUUUUUUGAUAAUAAUUACCGGUAAUACAACAUAUUCAAGUUGUCAACUGAGCAUAUACUGCAAUUGUAUAUGCAAGCAGAUAUAUGCAUAAGUAAUAAUGAAUAUCUGCCGAUGAAAUGCUCGAUUGAGAACAAAAAACAAAACCCAUUGUACAUUUUUAUAAAAUCAAAAUGAAGGGCUAAACUAUUAACUAAUUGUAAGCAAGUGUAAGAUCAUUUGCCUAAUGUAUAUUUAAUAUAUAAAACAAAACAAAAACAAAAAAACAAAGAAAAAAUCGUAGUAUUUGGCCGCAAUGGAAAGCAUGUAACAAAACAAUUUUUGAUACUGUACAAAAUGCCAAGCACAAUAUUGUGAGUAAAACAAGAGGAAACAAAAAAAAUUGUUAAGCAUCUUACUUGCUCAAAUGUAGUUAACACGAAUGUGGGGAACAUCGCGACUGGAGUGAUUGAGGAGAAUGCGAGGUAGGGCGUUGAAGAGUUAACCCAAGUACCUUAUAAAUAUAUAUGAUUUAAUUUGCUUUUAGUCUUAAAAAUGCAAUAAUGCAAAUGAAUAUUUAUUUAUCCUUCAAGCAAAAGAGUUUCUUAUACCUUUGUUUAAAUAAAAAAUAUAUAUUGUGUGAGCCGCAAAAGGUGUUGGCUUAAUUUGUGAAACACGAGAUUAUUGAACGGCAGCUUAAAAUCUAGAUCAAAAUUAGAAUUUAAAUUUUCUGUUUAAACCUUACGUUGUGCCUCAUACAGUGCAAAGCCGUAAAUCAUUUGUGCCGCCACAACUUUUUACCUUGCAUAAAUUUUGCAUUUGAUAAGAUUUAUGACACGGCUAAAGUGUAUUAUAUUAUACUCGUAUAUUCUGUAAUUCAAAGCGCGAUUGCAGAUUAUAAUGUUCAUAAUGAUUUUAUUAUUUCGAUUCUAACACAAUGUUUUCAUACACUUUUCAAUUCAAUUAAAUAAAUGUUCCAUUCGAGGCAGAUUCUGUUCGGUUAA